ACUUUUGCGAAUCUAGACCUAUCGAGCAAUGGCCGACCAUGCUCCGCGAAAUCACAGACGUUAAGUACGCGCGCCUAUGGUGACUCCGCACUCUAGCGUAAUUGGUACAUCUCUAUGCUAGAGACCCGAUAGAGUUAACCGUGCUGUGUCGGGGAACCAGUUUACUUUUCAUCUAGUACCAACGAAUUGGUUGACCUGUUUUAUCCACCAUGCCUGGUGACAGUAGGGCCCAGCUGCCUAGUAGCUUGACUGAGCAGAUUGAUGCCUUUAUUGCUGAUCUAAAGCAGGGGAGUGUGAAGGGGUCCUAUGAUGUAGCCCAUAGCACCCUCUCCCUGAUCAGGAAGAUCAUAUCCGGUAGCCGAUGGGCGCAUGCCGGGGAACUGAUGGGGCUGAUCAGGCAGGAGGGUAAGAGGAUAACCAGUGCUCAACCUGCUGAGUCCUCCGUGGGUAACAUGGUCAGAAGGGUGCUCAAGAUCAUCAGGGAGGAGUAUGCAAGUAUCAUCAAAGGCCAGGGUGUAGAUUCUUCUAGUGAUCCUCAAGAGUCUCUUCAUAAAAAACUUCUUGCUGAAGGUCAAGUAGAGGAUUUCAGCAAACCUUGUACAAAUUUAAAGGGUCGAGUAAUAGAGAGUAUUAACGAGCUGUUAUCAGAACUAGAGGGUAGUGCAGAAGCCAUUGCUAGUCAAUCUUUGGAACAUAUUCAUUCUAAUGAGGUUAUCAUGACACUGGGGAAAUCAAGAACAUUAGAGGCAUUCCUUCUUAAUGCAGCUAGAAAAAGAAAAUUCCAUGUAAUAGUUGCAGAGUGUUCUCCUUUAUAUAAGGGACAUGAGUUAGCCACUACACUAGCCAAGCAUGAUAUCGAGACGACGGUCAUCACCGACUCGGCCGUCUUUGCUAUGAUGUCGCGGGUGAACAAGGUCAUCAUUGGAACACACACAGUCAUGGCAAAUGGAGGAUUGAAGGCUAUUGGCGGCACUCAUGCAUUAGCAUUAGCAGCUAAACAUCAUUCUGUACCGUUAAUAGUGUGCACACCGAUGUUCAAGCUGUCACCAGAGUACCUCUGUAGUAUUGAUCAGGAUGCAUUCAAUAAGUUCGAGUCACCUCAAGAGAUCUUAGAUUAUUCCGAUGGGGAGUUACUCUCUAAGGUUCAUAUCUAUAAUCCUGUUUUUGACUAUGUACCUCCUGAGCUAGUCACACUCUUCAUAUCAAACAUUGGAGGCAAUGCCCCAUCAUACGUCUACAGACUUCUGAGCGAGUUGUACCACCCUGAUGAUCAAGACCUAUGACCUCUGACCUUUAGAGCAUAUCGGAAGUGAGGACCGUACAAAUCGGGACAAUUUGUGAUCAGCAUUUUUACCACAACUAUCGGGAAUGCGAUUCAUUUUUGCUCUAUACCUGCAUAAACAUCAUGUUACCACAGUAACACCCAGAGAUGACUAUACUUCUCACCGGAUCAAAACCAAGAGCAAGUUGUCAUCCGAUGACGUGGUGGUCAAAUCCGACAGCUUGUCCGAUGAAGUAUGGCCGACACUUCAAGUAUUGUUAACGUAGAGGUGAUGUGGCUCUGUAAACUCUCUGAACUAUGAACCACAAGGUCCGGGAUUUGAAUCCCACCAUGGCACUCGCAUCCUUUGGCAAUGCAUUUAUCUACAUUUGCCACUCUCCACCCAGGUGUAGUAACUGGGUACCUGGUAGGAAGGAAUUUCUUGAAUGCUCACCUGAUCAGGAUAGCCUUGCUGAAGCUGGUGUAAUAGUAUGCAGUGCUUUAGCACUAUAUUAAUGUUUCAUAUUAUUACUAUCAUUAAAUUGUAUAGUGGUAACCAUAUUUGUAGUUGCAGCCAAUCAAUAACGACUCUUUAGACAUGUUUUUACGGGAGUGUUUCUUUAAUUCUCUUUCUUCCUCUGAUUCUGUGAAAACUGUAAUGAAUAAAAUACAUAAAUGGAAAUCAGUUAAUAUCCUGAAGCCGGACUGAAUUAAUCAGAUUAGAUCAUGUCAUCAAUUACAGCUUCCUUAUGUCCAUUUUAUCAUGAAUAUACUAUAAAAUCUUCAUGGUUAUAAAAAAUUUGGGUGUUACCCAUCAUCAUUCCAACACAGUUGUCCCUUUAACUGACUUUAUAUAUAAUCCUUAAAAUGCCCUUCUUUGUAUUUUGUGAAUUAACCUGCACACUUCUGAAAUAGCUAAAUGUUUACAGAUUGACUCAUUUCAAUACUUGUCUCAUACAGGUCAAUACCAUAUUCAAUAAUAAAUCCAUCCAUGUAUCAAAGAAACAAAUGUAUAAUGAA